AGACGACCAAGCGACGACGGGGGUCGAGGAAAGGUCGAGGAGAGGGAAGGGGGUGGGGAGCAGGAGCAGCAGCAGGAGGAGGUGGAGGAGCUGUGGGAGGGAGGGACGACGAAGACGACGACGACGACGAAGAGGAGAGAGGAGGAGGAGGAGGUUGAAGGGGAGUAGGCAGAGGGAAGGGAAGGGGGGAGGGGAGGAAAAGAAGUGGGGAGAGGUGGAGGAAGAGACGAGGGGCAGCGUCGACAGGCAGGAGCGAUGGAGGCCAGCCACGCUGCUGCGGUUGCCAUCGCCAAGGAGAAGGAGAUGAAGGAGCUGCUCAAGGAGAAAGAAAAAGAAAAGGAAAAGGAGAGGGAACGCGAGGGAGAAAUGGAGGCUGCGUUGUACUCCAAUUGCUUGCUUCUGGGGUUAGAUGCAGCUGUUCUAGGGCACAAUGUGGGAGCGAGAGUCGGGUUGUUUAAGCAUUCCAAUCCGCGCGUCGGUGAAGCGCUUCUGCAUUUUCUUCUCUGUGCCCUGCGUGGUCCCUCGCUCAGUGCCAAGGACUUUGCCGGUGUGUGGCCUAUUUUUGAUGCUGCCCAAUCACGAGAAUUUCGAAGAAUAGUGCAAAGCCUUAUCAACGAGCUGGAGGCUCAAGGAGCCUUACCACGUAGCAAUUCCCGUGUUUCCUCGCUUGCCACCUGCUGCGGACAAAGGUUUGUCGAAUUGUUAUGGCAGCUGUCUGCACAUGCACUGCGAGAGGUUCAUAAGCGUAGUUUCCCUACCGAUGUUGCGGCAAAUCCUCUUCCCGCAUCUCUUACUGAAGUAGUUUCUCAAAAUUCGCAUGCAGCAUCUCUUCUGCCCGUAACGAAGGCCCGAAUAGCUUUAGAGCGGAGACGUUUCUUGGAGGGAGCCACAUCUGCUGUGCGAAGGCAGGCAUUAUGGUCAAACCUUGCCAAUGAUUUGACUGCAGAGUUUCGGGCUUUGUGCGCCGAAGAGGCCUACUUGCAUCAAGAAUUAGACAAGAUGCAUGAGUUACAGGACUCAAAAGCAAGGAUUUACGAAGGAGCUAUGGCAGACGAUGAGGCCUUGAGUGUGGAGACGGCCACUGAGCUUUGGGAAUCUCUUCUUCAGCACACAGAACAACACGAGAAAUUGGGAUCUGGUCCAGUUGAAGACCUCAUUGCUCAUCGAGAGCACAGAUAUCGUAUCGAUGGCUCUUCUUUGCGGACUGCCAUUGAUCGGGGCUCAACCGUUCUUCCCACUGAGGCGAAUUCAGAGGACCUAAGUCUGAGAACUAGGCCUGAGGAUGAUGUCUUGCAAAGACCUAGUAGUAGGGACGGCAGUAGGUUAGAUUCGUUUCCCACUUCUUCAGAGGGAUACGCAGCCGAGGAAAGUCGAGGCCGAGGUGAUGAAAGGUCUAGUAAAGCAAUGGCGCAGCUUGAUGUAGCCGAAAUCCUUCGGCGCUGGACACACGCCUUGCAUCGUCUACACAAACAAGCUCUCCGCCUGGCCAAGGCCAACGAUGGUGCCGGUCCAGAACUUCUUAAAGACGCGAUGGCUGUAGCAGAAAAUGGACACUCACAGUCCCUGCAUGCAACUUUAGCGGAGCACAAACAGCACUUGGCCAAUAUGCAGGCACUCGUUGGGCAGCUUAAGGACUCCAUUCCUGGUAUGGAAGCAGCAGUCGCUGCUCUUCGCGAACAAGUCAACAGUACCGAUGCUGUCACAGCAUGCAUUGCUGCCCAGUCUUCUCUUUCUACAUCUCCAUUCCCUCCUGGGAUGUCACAUUCUCGAAAGGAUGGUCAAGAUUCUGAUGAUCUCAACCGAAGAGAAGCACCCCCGUUGGAGUUGGUUCCACCUAGUCCUGCAUUAAAAUUACCGCAGUUAUUAUCCACCUCACCUACAUCUAUGGACAAAGUGGCCCGACUACAAAAACGAUUCAAUCAGUUUGCCAUGGUUCAUCCACUGGAGGCUUUGCGUGAAGAGGAUGUAAUGAUGGGAAGUUCUAUCGCCGGAAGUUCUGUCACGGAAGAUGGAUCAGAUGCCGGAGAUGAAUCAAUAAUGUCUUUAAGACAGGCAGUACGCGAGGCUGCUCUUGCUCAUUCUUUCCCGUCACAGGAGAUCUCCAUCGAUAGAUAUGGACAUCCUUCUACAGAGCACUACUUUACACCAAUCGCUCAAAAUAACAGCAAUAGGAUUUUUGAAGACAAGAAAGUCGAUGUAGUUUUUGGCAAGCAAAGAAGACCUGUGAGUACUGUUCCAAGGACCAUGAGUGUUCAGCCUAGCGUAGAUAUUUCAUGGAAGGCGACGGAGGAUCUGAAAAGAAGCAUCAAGCCGGACUCGAACAAGGACAGCCUACUGCAGAAGAUAGACCGGCCAGCCUCACCGCCUCUACUGAUGGAGCUAUCGACUUUUGACGAUACCUACGAUGAUUUGCUGGCACCCAUGUCGGAGUUAGAUAUGCUGCACUAGUCGACGAUUGAAGCUUCAUAUUCACAAACAAAGGUUCACAAUGUGAAACAUUAUCUCCUUGGCUACCAUCCACCAUCACUGCAGCACGCGAGGGGCAUGGUUUAUACAAGCAAACCUAUCCGACCUGGAAUGCAUGUUACUCAAGAAAGCACUCGUCCAACUACCCAGUUGGGUUUGCGAACGAUGUCUGCAAUGGACAGACAUGUGAGAGCUUUCUAAAAGAAGUUAUCAGGCCAAUUCAAACGAUCAGAAAAGGCUUCAGUUCUUACAGCCCAUAGGGAGCACAUCAAGACAUUUGAAGGGAUGCGUUCGUGACUGGGAACAAGCAAUGGGAGUGAUGUGAAGUGCUAGGUGCAGUUGUGCACUUAUCAUUGGAUCUGGUUUGGCACACGUGAUCCAAGGUUGCAGAAAGGGUUCUACCCUUAAGAUUCGCACACUUUUGGGGUCUAACGAAGACAAAGGUUCGCCGUCCAUACAUCUCCAUUCCUAGCAGGGAGCUCAUCUCUAUUUUUUUCCGGAUUUGAGCUACUUCUGUAAAGUGACAAGGAUUUGACGAUUUUGUACUAUACGGUGUUCCUGUUCGCGUCUUAUGCCUAUCACGUGCAAUGGUCUCUGGUGGGACCUUGAGUGCAAGGGCUGGCACUGCUCCGAGAUCAGCUUCAUAAAGUGCAGCCCUUCUGUUGUGCCAUGAUUUAAGAAACAGAACGAAGUCAUCAAAAAAGAAACUGAUGGCGGAUUUCUUUGAUGGUAGUUGUUCUUUACGGUAAGCCAGUUUUAGGAAUGUAUUAUGUACAGUAAGUUCAAUACUGCAGAGUGUCAUGCUAUUGAUACAUUUGUACAAUAAGCCCAUUUAUUAUUAUGGGUCUUCGAUUUUCAAUUUAAAACUCAAGCAAAGCACUGUUUUGUGGUGAAAGUAAGCGGAGUCUUUUCAUAGCACUGCUUUUUGCAUUAGGAGCUGAUCAUUAUGAUUAAAAGUCGUAAAGGGUUUUGUAAUGUGUGCAGUUUACGAUACUCUGUGUCGUAUACGCUCGUGUCAAUGGGCAGGAAGCUUCUAACAUUUUGUUUAAGUCUCUUUCUGAACAGCAGUGGAGGACAAAGGGAGGUCCCCUGCGAAUUCUGAAGUAUUGAGUGGCACUAGUCGAUAAUUUCUUCCAGUGUUCUAGUAUAUGUUAUGGACGAGUUAACACUUCAUAUUUUUUAAAGU